AUGUCGCUGUACCUAUCCGACGAUGACUUGCCUGAUCUUGCGGCCAUUGUCGCUCCUCGACCACUCAUGGCCACGAGCACGAAUGCCUCGGUGCGAAGAUCACCACGAAAGAAAGCUGGACCUGCAGUUUGCGAGUCCAGAUCACCCCAUAAGAAGGACACUACAGUAAAGAGUCUUAUACAAGAACCGCAAAUUCAUCUAGAGUCUCAUCAAACUUCUGGCCGAUCUCCCGCAAAACGAACCAAGCCUCCGAAAGCGGCCUCAAUUGUUGAUGCGAUCCCGAAUCUUCCUCGAAAUUCGUCUACUACGGAGAUGCUCCUCACAUCCAACAAUCGCCGGUCGGCUGCAAGUCCUCAAUCGAGUCUUAGACUAACGCAUGUUGCUUCCUUGCGGCUUCCACAGAAAUCGGUGGCGAUGGGGGAAGGGGAGGACCAGGAGGAGCAGACUGUGUCGAGGUUGGUGUUGGAUACGCACCGACUGCAGAGCAAUGAUGCAGGAAGCAUGUCUAGAAUGUCGCGCAUAACGGAGGCAGCUAGAAGGUCAGCUCCAGAGAAAACCCGUAAGCAGAAAGCAGCAGGGAGCCUUGCGAGCAGAUUUGUGCUGAAAGAAGCACGAUGCAAUGACGACGUCGAAAGCUCGAUGGAUGAAGAAGACGAAGAUGAGGAUACAGACCUUAGUGGCUUCAUCGUUGAUGACAAUGCGGACUUGAGCUACUAUGGAACUUCAGCAUCCGAGGCCGACGACGACUGGGUAGCACCCACCCAACAACCUCGACGAGCAUCACCUCGAAAGAGGCUACACCGAGGUCGACGAAGUCUCCAACGAAGAGAGCCUGAGGAGGGCUCGUAUUCUGAAAAGGAGAAUAGAAUUAACGGUGGACUGGCUGAUGCCCUCCGAAACAUGCGGCUGAAGGAAGACACAAAUGAAGUGAAAGAGAAGAUAGUCGAAGUCAUCGACCUUACUACUUCGCCUCUCACUUCACCUAAAUUAAUAUCAACCACGGCUCAGCCCAUCAACUCACCUCAGUUUAUCGAUUCCAAGAAGCCUCCGACCUUCACAGGCACGAUUAAUGUCUUCGACGCCCCGAUCAAGCUGGCACCGCCAUCUGAGAAACCUAGUCUCAUAGAUACGCCUCAGCUUGCGGGUGUUAGUGCAAUGGAGAAGACGGAAGAUCAGGUUCCUUCAGAGAUUCCAGCUAACAAUGAAGUCAAGACACCACCAGCCACUCCACCCAAGUCUCCAGUGAAGUUGAAGUCACCUUCGAAGUUGCUAUCUCCAUCCAAACGACAAUUGAUCCCUCGGUCGCCUCAUCGUCAAAGCACUGAUGCUUUUUGGGACCAUAAUACGGUCAAUGAAUGGAUCGACGAGUACUCACCAAAGAAGGCUCCGGCAACGUCUCCAAAGAAAGUUGGCCUUGCAAGGUACCAGAUCUGGUCCGAUUCUGAAGAAGAUCAGGACGAAGAUAUGACGAUUUCAGAUUCCUUUCCGAGUCCUUGUACAUCGCCUCGAAAGGCCGGGGGUAAAGGACGGUCGCCCACCAAGAGCCCCGAAAAGGAGGAAAAGAAGCGUCAAGCCGAGGAGAAGCGAGCAGCGAUGUCAAGAAAGAGAAACUUCGACAGUAGCAAAGUCCAGCUCGCCAUUGACCUUCUGAGGGAACUUGACGUGGGUGUGGCUGAUUCACAACUCGGAAGACUAGCUGCAAGCACCGGCGGAGUGAAAAUCAUUUGGUCCAAGACCCUUCGAUCGACUGCGGGCCGAGCAAACUGGAAGCGCACUGUGACGAAGUUGUCCGGGUCACCAAUCAAGGGAGGAGAGGUUAGUGUUCCUGGCGUGAAAGUGCAGCAUUUUGCUAGCAUCGAACUUGCCGAGAAGAUCAUCGACUGUGAGGAUCGCCUCGUCAACACGGUUGCUCACGAGUUUUGUCACCUGACAAACUUCAUGAUCAGCAACGUCCGUGACCAGCCACAUGGAGCCUCAUUCAAACAGUGGGCGGCGAAAGUGACUUGUCAUCUGAGGAAGAGCCAAGUCGAGAUCUGGCGUCAGGUCGAGGUCACUACGAAGCACAGCUAUGUGAUCAACCACAAGUACCUGUGGGUGUGUGCCGGGAGAGAGCGUUCAGCGGCAAUGGCCUUCCUCAACAUCGAAGAAGACGAAGGCUGCGGCGCAGAAUACGGCCGGCACAGCAAGAGUAUUGACCCGGAGAAGCAUCGCUGUGGGAAAUGCAAAGGUCGUCUGGUCCAGGUACGCCCGAAGCCCAGAGCCAGUCCGCGCAAGAAACUGUUGGACGCCCCGGUGAAAAAGGGAAGAGAAGGCAGCACGGACAGUACGACAAGUUCGAAUUCCAGUUCGAGAAUGAGUGCUGGGAGUGACAGCACCGGCACUGUGGGACGGAUGAUUGACUACGUCGAACUGAGUGAUUAA